AUGGGCGGGCUGUAAUCCAUAAAUAAACACAUAGUUUGAUGAUGUCACGAAUUUCAAUAGGUAGAUUAUAAAACACUGUUACAAAACAGUCAAGUCUAUCACACAGUACGCAUCUAUAUGGCUGGACUGAUAAGAUGAGAGGAAAUUAGUCAUGAAAUAUGCAGAAGACUUGGGGUGUUGUUAGUCUCAUUCUGACUUUUUGCGCGUUGCUCUAUCUGGUGCUUUGGAAUAAUCUUUCAGAACACAUACACAGUGUUCAAGAGGAUAAAGAAUCUCAAAGAUGUGUAACCACUCGAGGCAAAACUAUCAUCAUUUCUUCAUUGAUUUUGUCGCCACUUGGAAAUACCAAUUUGUUCAAAAGCCAAAAACGCUUGUAUGUGGAGCGAGAGGUCAACAUAACCCCCAUUCCGGUUCUUUAUAAGAAAAACUUCACCAAACUGCCAGUGUGGGACUUUGAAGAUGUUUAUUUGCGAGACCGUAAUGCAAGAAAACCUACCUGUCCUAAGUCUCUUCACAACGCAGAGGACCCGGAGUUCAAGGAAUCCGUUGUUCCUAACAUUCAGCUGUGGCUGUACAAAGGUCAACUCAACAUAUCAGAAUGGAAUCGAUUAGCACACUUUAACAAUCCCUUUGGCUUCAUGGAGUACAAUUACAAUGAGAUAAAAAGAGCAGUGGAUUUGAUCCCAAAGCCCAAGUCUUCGAUAUUACUGCCUGUACCUAAAGGCUCAAAGGAUGGCUGUAUCCGCUGUGCUGUUGUGGGCGCUGGGGGCAUUCUCAAUAACUCAAAGAUGGGCAAAGAGAUAGACUCCCAUGACUAUGUUUUCCGGGUAAACGGAGCUGUUACUAAAGGUUACGAGGAGGAUGUCGGAAACAGAACGUCAGUCUACGUGCAUACAGCAUUUUCCUUAUAUGCCACCAUACUGACGUUAAAAAAAUAUGGCUUUCACAAUAUUCCACAAGACGAGGGUAUCAAAUAUGUCAUGAUUCCUGAAGGCCUGAGGGACUUUGAGUGGCUUCAAGGCCUUUUACAGGGAAAAGCAGCCAAUGGGUCAUUCAAAGGUGUGAGACCACUCAAUUUUUUCAAUGGGCAUUUCAACGAGAGCAGAUUUAACGUUCUACACCCUGAUUUCCUUCGUUACAUUCGCAACAGAUUCAUGCCAUCUAAACAAAUGCAAGGAAAUUACUGGGCAAUGUACCGCCCGACCAAUGGAGCAUUUGCUUUGUUUUUGGCUAUUCACACAUGUGAUAUUGUGGAUGCCUAUGGAUUUAUCACAGAAGACCAUCAUAAAUACUCCAACUAUUAUUAUGAGAAGUUCAAGAAAACCAGUGUCAUUUUCUAUAUUAACCAUGACUAUGGGCUGGAGAUUAAGACGUGGAAGAAACUACAUGAUGCUGGAAUCAUCAGACUCUUUCAAAGACACUGACAUAGUCAUGUGAAAAAGUUUGGACACCCUAUGUUAGUUACAUUUUCUAUAGCAAAACAUAAAAAACAACACCCAUGGCUAUUCUAUCUUUUGUUAAACAAUGAUACUGUGUGAGAUAUCAUGUGAUGUUGUUGAGCUGAGAUUUUAUUGUCCAAAUUUUAAGACCUGCCAAGGACCUUUUUGUUCAUUCACAUGGGAAACCAGGAAAUUGAAUAGGCUGUCAUAACUUUUUCACAUGACUACACAAUAAACAAGAGGAGGAUCACUGUUCUGACAACAGACAAUAUUUACAAAUUGAGAAUCUGUAAGAAACUGUCUCAGAAACAGAUAAGCUCCUUGUUUUAGUUUUCAUAAAGGAGAGAGAGGUGAUAUUUAUUGAAAUAUUUUUAAAGGGAUGGGUUUGUGCGUGCUCCAUCUUUCCUUCACUUUGAUAGAAUUCCCUAUUUAUUUUCAAGUAUGUUGCAUUCUUAUUUUUAUAUUUCUUACAAGUAUUUAUAACAUCAGCACUUACUUUUCCUGAUAUUUUGUUCAGCUGGGCUAGCAUUGCCAUGCUUCCCUAAGUUUAUAGAAAUUAUUUAUUUAUUGAUAUCUAGGUCUGUCUUUUUAAAGUAUAUCUAAUUUUGAGGUUUACAUUUUAAGUAUAUUUUAAUAUACAACAUAUUUCCUGUCAUAAACACCAGCAAAUGUUAACAAAUCCCAGAAAUCUGCAUUGAUACACUACAUUAAACUUGAGAAACAACAAGAUGAAAAAGAAAAAAGACUGGUUCUUAUUGAUUUAGCUUGUUGGUGUAUUGCAUA